AUGGAGGCCUCGGACGGACUAGGGGGCGAAGGGGACAAGGCACAAGAGAAGGUGACAGAAGCGCCCUGUCUGGAGAGAAGCUCCAGCACCAUUCCAGCUGGAGACUCACUCAUCCGCCAUGCAGAGGGCCUGGGACAGGACACCUUCAAAAUUUGUAAAGAAUAUUUGAGACCUCUAAAGAAGUUUCUUCGAAAAUUGCACUUGCCCCGGGAUCUACCCCAAAAGAAGAAACUUAAAUACAUGAAGAGGAGCCUGAUGGUUCUAGGGGACCACAUCAAUACCUUCCUGCAGCACUAUUGCCGAGCUUGGGAAAUCAAGCAUUGGAGGAAGAUGCUCUGGCGUUUCAUCUCACUCUUCUCAGAGCUGGAUGCCAAACUACUGCGCCGACUGUACAAGUACAGCAAGAGCGACCAGAAUGCCAAAUUCCUGGUGGCAUUCCGGCCCUUGGACACCUCAGAGACAGUCACCUCCCCUACUGAGCAAAGCAACAGCCUGCCCAAGCUCUAUAAUGCCUGGGGCCUCCACCAGGACUCCAGCUGUUCAAAAGAAAAGCUCAACAGGAUGCAGGGCCUUGCCCCUGAAGCCUGCCUUUCUGGGAAGCAGAAACAUGGGGGCCAGAUCAAGAGAGGCACUCCAAUGAGCCCUACUCUCCUCCCUCCAGCAGAGGAUGCCAGCCCUUUCCCCUUGCUGUAG